AUGCUUUUCUGGUUCCUAAUUUUGCUUUAUCCCACUGUUCUUGCUCAGAAGUCCACCUUCAAAGUUCUCCGAGUUGUUCCCCGUUCCAUUCCAGACCUUCAUUUCCUUGAAAAUCUCGAACUAAAUGCUACUGAUAACCAGGUGAGUCCGGUGCGUCUUCCUUUUCAUUCCUUAGAUCAAUUUCUGGACAUCGCCGACCAGACUGGGAGGUUCUGUGGACAUCAUGACCCCUGAGGAUCAAGUCGAUCACAUCUCCGACCUCUUUGAAAGCCAUGGAAUCUCUUCUCAAAUCAUCAUCGAUAAUGUUGAAAGGUGUUGUCCAAUUAUUUUUAAAAUAAGUAUUUAUCUGUAGACUAAUCAUCGAACGAGAGAAGAAGGCUUUGAGACCGGGGUAUGAGAAACGCCUGAGGGAUGAGGGGGGAGAAGAACCUUUGUAUGACUUCCAGCAGUACGGAUCUUACUCUCAGAUCACUUCUUGGAUGAGGAAAUUGGCAAGGAAGUAUCCAGAUAUCCUUCAAUUCAUAUCGAUUGGGAAGACACACGAAGGCCGGUCGAUCGAGGGGUUAGAGGUAAACAAUUACAGUGCUUACUUACUUUAUGUUGCAGAUUGGAACCAAGAGGCCGAACAAAAGGGUCUUCUGGAUCGAUGGCGGGAUCCAUGCCCGGGAAUGGGCUGCCUCUCAUACUGCAUUACACUUUAUACACCAGGUAACCCAUCUCAUUUUAUGCGCAUUCUUCAGUUGGUCAGCAAAUACGGAAGAGAUGCCAACACCACCAAGUAUUUGGAGGAUCUGACUUGGGUAAUUAUCCCUUUGCUAAAUCCAGAUGGUUAUGAAUUCACCCGUAGCUCCACGAACCCGAACGUAAGUAAUUAAUUACUCACUUUGACGCUCCUCUCCCCGAAAAUAUUAGUUUUUAAAAUGAUGAUUUGGAGAAAUUGUGUUAUACAAUUGAAGAUGCAAAAGUAGCUUACACAAAUUCUUUAAAAAUUCUUGGCUUCAAAAAUUGUUAGACCACGUUUAAGAACCUUUGUUCUAGCGAAAUAAUACUUGUGUUUAUGAACUUGACCUAAUUCAGGUGCGCUUAUGGCGUAAGAAUCGGAGUCCAUUGCAUUGUUCGCAUGACCAAUGGGGCCGAAAGAGAUGUUGUAAAGGCGUCGAUUUGAAUAGAAACUUCGACUUCCAUUUCAAAGGUACCAUCUUCUAGAUUUUUUAUAAAUUUUUGAUUAUUUAUGAGGUCAGGUGACACAAUUUUUUGUUUUUUAUGGGAUAUGCAAUAUCCAUGGGGAAAUGACAAGUUGCUUUAGAAACCGGUUCGAGCGACGACCCCUGCUCCGAGAUAUAUCAAGGAACCGAGGCUUUCAGCGAGCCCGAGGCCAGGUAAUUUAGAUCAGCGAUUCUUCAGCGAACUACUAGUUAAGGGCUGUUCGCGAUGCCGUUCUCUCCAAUCGCUAUCGAGGACGCAUUGAUGGAUUUGUGACCCUGCACACCUAUUCCCAGAUAUGGAUCCAUCCAUAUGGUCAUCGUAAAGACAGCUAUCCGGGUGAUGUACAAGAUCUGGUGGGUGUUUUAAGGGCUCCGAGUAACUACGUUUGAAUCUCGCUUUUCACGGCUUGGAAGACUGAAAUGUACCAGGAUUUUCUUCGUCGUGAAAACGGUUCUGUAAUACAUUGAAACGAUGAAAAAGAUUGCAAAAUGUAUCCUGGACGCUUUACAAUAUUUUCUUUCUAUAAAUUUUUUUCAUGACGAGAAAAACAUACCGUCACAUUUCGCCUUCCAAGCCGUAAAAGGCGGCAUUCAAAUGACCGAACCCUUUAAGUGGAAUUAAAAAAACAUUACAGUAUAACAUCGGCAAGAAAGCAACCUCUGCGUUGAACAAACUCUAUGGAACAAAAUAUGUGGUCGGCAGUGGGGCUGAUACGUUAUGUAAGACCCCAAAUCCCUCUCAUUAUUCCGUUUUUAUAGAUCCCGCAUCUGGAGGAUCCGAAGAUUGGGCUAAACAGUACGCAAAUGUAAAAUACGUAUAUCUGUUGGAAUUACGACCCGAUGAGAAAAGUAAAUUUGGAUAUAAUAUACUAGUAGUCGUUCAGAUUGGGAUGGGUUUAUUCUCGAUGAGCAACAGCUCAUUCCGACGGCGUUGGAAACCUGGGCUGGAGUCAAGGUUGUGGCCGACGCCAUCAUUCAAAGGGAUCAGGAACGAAUCACAAAACUCCCAGAAAGAACUAAUCCGAGCAAGGGAUACAAAUUCGGAGACGGCUCCCCGGGAAGUUGCUACGACAUCAGACAUGCCUGCAAAAGAUGGAUCCAGGAGAAUGAAGGCCUCUGCAAAACUGUACCCAUCUUCAUGCGGGAGCAAUGUGCAUACUCUUGUGGUUAUUGUUAA